GGAGUUUGAUUCCUGAAGUAAGGAGUUAGCUCUUGUAGUUACAAAAAGAAACUUCAUUCCCUUAAAUAUACUGAUGAUCAUAACUUUGUACAGUAAAAGUGACCUCAGGGGGACUUUAUUCACUAGCAAGCAACCAUCACAAGGCUUUUGCACUGCUUAGAUCUCAAAGUGGCUGUUAACCAUGGACAAAGCCUUGGCCGGUAGAAAAGAGUUACCAUGCUCAUGGAGACUAUUUAAAUAGAGUCUCCAUACUAGGAUUAAUAUAAAGGCUUGCCUGAUACCAAAGUGGCAUGAGUUUAACCUAAAAUAUUAUGAAGAACAAGUUAGUUUUUCAAGUAAAGUCUGACUCUGAUUUAGUUUAACAAUCCUGAGUGGCUUAAAACCAAAAUAAAUCUUGUUGCACAUGCAUUUACUUACUUAAGUUUCACAGGCUAUGCAAGACAAGGUGGUUUUUUUUUUUUUUUUUGCCUCAAUCUCACAAUUAUCAUUUUCUUUACUAGUAGUAUCAUACCUGCUGCUCAACAUCUUCCGAGAUUAGCCUUUCAGCUAGUAGGAAGACAAAAAUACUUCUGUGAACUUAUUGUGUAUUACAGAAGAGCCUACACUGCCUCAUGUGAAACACUGAAAGAAAGCAUACUCAGAGCAUAGCUAAAAACUCCAGCCAGAGGCAUUCUGAGAAGGCUAGGAUUCCACAAAUGGCUGAAUUAACAGCUUGACAAGUAUUUAAUAUCCAAACUAUACCCUGUUGGUUUACAUCAUCCUGAAAACCUGUUUGAAUUCAUGUCUUGAAGAAAAAGCCAUAAAAUAGUUUGAUUAAAAAGAUGCAUUAUUUCAAUUCUGAAAAUAAUAGGCUAAGUUAUGAUAUCCUUAGUAAUCAUGACUGUCCACUUCCUUAGUAAGUAGCACCAUUGUUUUUGAUAGAGCUGCUUAGAAGAAAAGCUUUGAUGCUGUGUAAGUGGGAACAUUAAUUCACACAACUACUGCUGAAUGUGUACUGAUGCUACAAUUAAAUUAUUAUAAUUUCUGGUUUAAAUCUUGUGUGUAUGUGUACUCAUUUUCAGACUGCUGUGAGUAAUGAGAGAAUCUCUGGUCACAAUUCCCUUACUGGACAUGUUUACAGAGGUGUGGAGACUUUGGGAAAGGAGCUUUUCAUGUAUUUUGGUCAGACAGCUUUAAGGGUUCACUUUGGUAUGAAUGGUUCCAUGUGCAUCAAUCACGAUGGAAGCAAAGACAGAAAUGGAGUACUACCAGUUUUGAAGAUACAGCUUACGGAAGAUACAGUCUGGUUUUUUGAGGCAACAGUAGAGUAUAGAAAUGCAGCUGAAAGUGAGCAGAAAGUGAGAAUGAUGGAAAGCUUGGAUGUCUGCUCUCCAAAAUUUAGCUGCUUAAGAGCAGAAAGUGAGAUUAAGGAGCAGAAAACUCGCAUGUUGUGUGAUGUGUUACUGGAUCAAGCAGUGUUACCUGGAGUGGGAAAUAUCAUAAAAAAUGAAGCACUAUUUGACAGUGGCCUCCAUCCAGCUGUUAAAGUUUGCGAACUGACAGAUAAGCAUAUAUGUCACUUGGUGAAAAUGACACGUGACUUUGCCCUCCUUUUUUAUAAGUGCCGCAAAACAGGGUCUCCACUCUACAAACACUACAAAGUAUACAGGCGCCCUACCUGUGGUAAGUGCAAUGGGAAGAUCACUAUAUGUCGUUUAGGAGAGAACAACAGGAUGACCUACUUCUGCUGUCGAUGUCAAAAGGCUGAUCCACAGCUUGUCAACAUUAGCAAACUGCCAGCUAGAAAUAGCCUAAUUGGCUGGGCAUAUGGCAGGGGGUCAUGUUCUAACGAACGUGUAGCUCAGAAAUCGGAAGAAGAGUGGACGUGUAUGCGCUGUACCCUAAUAAACAAGCCUUCUGCUAAAAUUUGUGAUGCCUGCUUGACUUCAAGGCCUGAAGUUCCAAAGAUAGAGAAUGAUGAAGAUUCUGCAACUUUUAACAGAAGCUUAAUGAAGUACCCUUGUAAUGAUUUUGGAAAGCCAAGUAUAGAAAUAAAGAUCAAUAGGAAAGCUGCAUUUGGAAAUACAACCCUUGUCUUAACAGAUCUUGGCAGCAAAGUUGUUCUGAGAAACGAUACCCAAGUAUCUGAUGGACACACUCAGUGUGGUUCGCCAAAGAGCAAUUUGGAUCACAUUCAAAAUGUAUACCAGUCAGGGGGAAGUAUAGAGAAGUACUGCUCAACAAAUAUAACGGCUAUGGCUUCAUCCUCCCAUCAGCAGCCUCUCUCUUUCAAACCUGUUCAAAAGAAGCAGAAAACUGAUCGUAUAUCCUCUGUUCUCCAGCAUAAUAUAGGAAUCAGCAAACCUCAAGUUAAUACGACAGAUGGUAUUUGUACGUUAAACACGAGCCAUCCUCACUGCAGUAAACAUAACCGCCUCUGCAGCCUCAGAGUUGUGAGAAAGGAUGGAGAAAACAAGGGCAGACAGUUUUAUACCUGUCCUCUACCCAGAGAAUCUCGGUGUGACUACUUUCAAUGGGCUGACUUGAAUUUUCCAUUCUGUAACCACGGGAAGCGCUGUGUUAUGAAGACCGUGUUGAAGAUUGGUCCCAAUAAUGGAAAGAACUUUUAUGUGUGCCCUUUUGUGAAGGAAAAACAAUGUGGCUUUUUUCAAUGGGCAGACAAGGGGCCAGGUAUGCAGAUUCAUCCUUGAUGUUAAG